GGCUCCCACACACACUGCUUGCACAACCUGCAGUGACUCUUGAAAACAGGAUUUUAAUGCUGACUUGAAGGAGGCAGGCAACAGUUAGUGAGAUCUUUGGAGUUUGAAUCGUGGGUAGAGGGCAUCCUCAGAGUGUUGGAUCUUCCUCUCCUCAUCAUCAUCAUCAUUAACAUGUUCAUAAGCAUCGCUCUGAUCUGGGCGGUCGUGGUGGGAUUGUGCUGCCUGCUAUGGCUUGCUGUGGGCAUACGGCGCAGGCAGCCCGGUGAGCCUGCAGUGGAGAAUGGCUUCAUCCCCUACCUUGGCUGUGCUCUGCAGUUCGGGGCAAACCCUCUUCAGUUCCUCCGCAGCCGCCAGAAGAGGUAUGGUCAUAUUUUCACCUGCAAGAUUGCGGGCCAGUACAUCCACUUCCUGUGCGACCCCUUCUCCUACCACUCAGUCAUCAGACAGGGAAGACACUUGGAUUGGAGGAAGUUCCACUUUGCUACAUCUGUGAAGGCGUUCGGCCACGACAGCUUUGAUCCUCGCCAUGGUCACACCACAGAGAACCUUCACCAAACCUUUCUGAAGACCCUGCAGGGUGAGGCUCUGCCCUCCCUGAUAGAGAGCAUGAUGGGUCACCUCCAGGACGUCAUGCUGAUGUCUGACACACUCAGCCCCAGCAAGGACCACUGGGAUGUGGAUGGCAUUUUUGCUUUCUGCUACAAGGUGAUGUUUGAGUCGGGCUACCUGACCCUGUUUGGUAAAGAGCUGGGUGAAGACAAGGUUCAGGCUAAGCAGGAGGCUCAGAAAGCCUUAGUACUCAAUGCUUUGGAAAACUUCAAAGAAUUUGACAAGAUCUUCCCUGCGUUGGUGGCAGGCCUACCUAUCCAUGUGUUUAAGAGCGCCCACAGUGCACGAGAGAAUCUAGCAAAGACCAUGCACGCUGAAAAUCUGUCCAAGAGGGAGAAUGUGUCUGAUCUGAUCUCUAUGAGGAUGAUCCUGAAUGAUUCCUUGUCUACCUUCAACGACGUGAGCAAGUCUAGGACCCAUGUGGCUCUGCUCUGGGCUUCUCAGGCUAACACACUGCCUGCCACUUUCUGGAGUCUCUUUUAUUUGAUCAGGAGUCCCGAUGCUAUGAAAGCAGCUUGUGAGGAGGUGCAGAGAAUUCUGGAGGACUCAGAUCUGAAGGUUGACCCUAGCAACCCCACACUCAACCUGAACCGGGACCAGCUUGACAACAUGCCUGUUAUGGACAGCAUCAUAAAGGAAGCCAUGCGUCUCUCCAGUGCUUCCAUGAAUGUACGUGUUGCCAAGGAGGAUUUCUUGCUUCACCUUGACAACCAGGAGGCAUACCGCAUCAGGAAGGAUGAUGUGAUUGCUUUAUAUCCACCCAUGUUGCACUUUGAUCCAGACAUCUAUGAGGAUCCCUAUGAGUUCAAGUUUGAUCGUUUCCUGGACGAGAAGGGUAAGGAGAAAGUGAACUUUUCGCGCAACGGCCGGCGACUGCGUUACUUCAACAUGCCCUUCGGCUCCGGGGUCACCAAAUGCCCCGGCAGAUUUUUUGCUGUGUAUGAGAUCAAACAGUUCCUGACUCUGGUGCUCUCCUACUUUGACAUGGAACUGUUGGACCCUGCAACCCAAGUUCCGCCUCUUGACCAAUCCCGUGCUGGUCUGGGAAUCCUGCAGCCUACCUACGAUGUGGACUUCAGAUACAAGCUGAGGUCCACCUGCUAGGCUCUUCGUUGAGGCACAGUGAUUUAGGAACAUAUUGUACAUAAUGUAUAUUUAACAGUGCUAAUGAAGUGUUUAUGUAUAUGUAAAUAGAUUGAAUGAUAUAUUGUUUUAGCAUAUUUUUGUUGCCACUGAAGAACAUGUAUUCUGCACAUAUGGAUAAACCCCAUACCUGCUAGUGCUGCCGUACUCUUCCCAUCUGGAGCCUGAAGCAAACAUCUCAGAGUCAAAUGUAACAACCUCAGAGACCCAGAGCCACAUAUAUUCAUAAAACAUAUCAUGUGUGGCCCUUUUACCACAAAUCUUCUUUUCAAAUUAAGUGGCAGUGUUUCUGUUCAGCAGCCGGCCGCUGUUUGACUGUUUUUAUUCUUGAAAUAGUCUUCACAUUGAGUCAGAUUUGUUUACAGUUUUCCCUUCACAGGGAGGUGUAGAACAUUACUUUUAUAGAUGAAGGCAAAUCCCCCCCAGGGAGCCAAAAUAUAAUAUAAAAUAUAUUUUAAAAAUGACCUCAGUGCUGGUAAGUCUUUAAAAUAAAAUGUAUCAUUACAAAUUUAAAUGAAUAGGCCAAAUGAAAGCUGGCAGAUAUCAAUCUGAAAAAGGAAUGAUCUCAUCAGUACAGUUUAAAUUACACAUUUAACGUAUAAAUGGGUUAAACAUACAACACACUGGUGGUUCCCUUUCUGCACUUGAUAUAUUUCCACUUCUAGGAUGGACUAUCACAGCAUCAUUCUGCUAUUCUACUACUGUGGCUCAUCUGUUCUGCCGCAGUGCUUUUCAUUCACAAAUGGCUGACCAGACUCUUCUAAUUUUAUCAAUGAAUGUAUAUUACUGCAAUCAGCAUCAUUUACAAACUUCACCUUGAAGUAGAAGAUAGAGCUUCCAUCAACCUUGGAGUUUGCCCCCUCAAGUUGUUGCAGUAUGCUGUCACAAAAGACCUGACUGUCCCACACAGAGCUUCAUCUGUCGCCGUCACCAACCCUCUGAGUGUAAUGCUGUCAGGCAUGUUGUUCAAUAUUAAGAUAAGCUGUGAUUGGUUUGAUGAGGAGAUAUUAGCAUUCUGCAUUUCUCAAGCAGUCGGCUGAAACAUGGGGACAAGCUAAAAAUCUGAAAGAAAAAUACAGUUUUAAUGAAGGUGCAUUCACAAAUUGAAGAGAUGAGAUCAUUGACAUAUGUGCUGCAUACCUGUCCUUACAGUUUCUAUCAUUAAAGAACGUGUCAGUGUUGAUGUCCAAUUUCAGAAAGUUCUCUUGACUUCCAGAAAGGGAAUUCAUAGAAAUUACACAUGAUAGUUAAUGCAGCUGACAGACAUCAACAUGAUUCUAGAACACAUGUCUUUAUGGGAUGUAAACAAGGUCAGACCACCACUGUUAACAUGCACAGGUGUUUUCAUGUUGCCCUCUGACAAUCUGAAGGGUUAGCCCUGAACAAAAGUGGAACCUACACGUGUACAUGCUGUGCGGACAGAAAAUAAAUCAAUACACAUGUGCA